AUGGUAGUAAUGACAUCAUCUUCAGAUGAUAAAUUAAGUCCUCAGCAAAUUGGCCGUGCAUUUGUUAUUCAGUAUUAUCGUUUAUUGCACGAAUGUCCAAAUUUAUUACAUCGUUUUUAUUCGGAUACUAGUACAUUUAUGCACGAAGUCGAUCAUGAUGAUGAACAAAAUACCGGUGGAAAUGGCGAUAUAAAAAUUAAAAAAUCUAUAUUAAAUAAAAGUAAUAGUGACAACAAUAACAGUUCAUCAUCAUCGAUUGUCAUUGGUAUUGAUAAUAUUAAACAGCGUAUCGAAGAAUUAAAUUUUAAAAAUCGUCAUGUUAAAAUUCGUCAAGUUGAUUGUCAUUCAACAAUUCUUCAGGGUGUGGUUGUACAAGUAUGCGGAGAAAUAUCAUCAUCGAAUCAGGAAGAACAAACAAAGAUGAAACGUUUCGUUCAAACAUUUGUACUUGUACCACAGUCAAAAAUAAAAUAUUAUGUGCAUAAUGAUAUAUUUCGAUAUCAAGAUCCAAAUCAACAAGAUGCAGUAACAGUGGUAUUACCGGCAACGUCGACGGCAACAUCAACAGUUGCAUCAGCGAAUUCCACUAGUUUGUUACCAGAGGAUCAAGAUACAUAUCCGGUUGAUUAUUAUAGUCUAAUACCACCUGGUUUUGAUGCUUCUGCUUCUGCUUCUUCACCUAAUUUUUUAUUUUCUACAACAACAGCAACAACAGAUUCUUCAUUAGGGACAACAAAACCGGUAAAAAAACAAGAAAUUGUCGGACAACCACAACAGUAUUCUGAAUCGACUAAAUUGGAGAAUAGAAAUAAUGAACAACAACGAUCAUACGAAAAUUUUUCGAAUAACGAUAAUGGCUCUUGGUCUCAAAAUCAGGAAAACGAUAGCGAAUAUUUUUUCGCAAAAGAACCUGAGGCUCAACAACAACAAGAAUGGUCUGAAUUUUCUCAAACAACAACUAAAAACAUUUUGACACCACCACCAAGUGGUCAAACACAACAGUUUCCAACGGGAACGAUCAUGAACGAAAAAAACCAAACGGAACAACAAGAAAAGACAUCAGAAUCUAGUAGAGUUGUUUCAGUUAAACAACAACCAAAAUCCUACCGUGAUGCUGUACAACCAUCAUCUUUACCAAUGACUCCUGUACAACAAAAAAGUUCAUUAGAUGUAAAAAAUAAUCAAUCAGCAACAUCAACAACAAAACCACCGACUAAAACAUCAAAUAAUAACACCAAUACUAACAAUUAUUAUGGUUCAUAUAAAAAUAAUCGAAUGGUAAAUUCUUAUAAUGAAGAUUUCGAAUAUUAUCCACAUGGGCACACUGAUGAUCAGGAAAUAUUUGUUGGAAAUUUAUCAUUUCAUGCCACAAGUGAUGAGGUAAAAAUAUAUUUUAUUUCAGAAACAUGUUUAAACAAUGAUGGAAGUAUGUUAUCAAUUGUUCGUCAAUACUUUUCUACAUAUGGUCAAAUAAUUGGUUGUCGUAUUGGUAACACGGGUAGUCAGCCACGCAGUUCAAAUUUUGCAUUUGUUGUUUGUGAUACAAUUGAGACGGCGAAAAGAAUUUUAGAUGAUAAAGAAAAUCUUCAAAAAACAAAAAAAAUUAAUGUUGAAGCUAAAAAGCGUCGCCCAUUUCCUCAUACAUUCCGUCCAUCGUAUAGUACAACGUAUUCAUAUAAUCAGAAUCACCAGUAUUCACAAUAUCCGAUGCAAGGAAGCUAUGAUGAACAAUACAAUAUCAAUGGUGGUGGUUAUUAUCGUAAUCAAAAUUCAAGAAAAAGUAGAAGUGGACGAGGAGGAGGUGGUAGUGGUGGUAACAGAAAUACAACAGCAGCAGCAGUAGUAGCACAAACAACUCCUUCAGUAUGA